CCCAGUAUCUCAAUUUCCGACCUUCAAGACUACCUUACUACCUUAGGUACCUAACAUACCUACACACCAUAACAACGGGGAGCCAACUCCAACUCCUUCUCCCACGGCUCUCUCUCUCGACCUGUUUUUCGUCUGUACUACCAAUCGAUCCUGCGCUAGAAAUCUUCCUACCACCGCGCCGAAUAAACCCGUCGGAUCAAACACGUGAGAAUUCUACCUCACUAUCGACCUUUUGCCGAUUUUAUCUCCUUUUGCCCGCCUCGAAGUCAACGCUGUCAAGACGUCUGUGACGUAGGGAUAAAGGAAGAGAAGAAAGGAAAGGGAAAGAGAGCAGAAACAUAAAUCAUCCUUCUACAUAACUUCACACACAAUGGUUCACAAGAUCCUCUUCUGGGCCGGAUUCGGCAUCGCAACGCGAUUCGUUCAACUCGGCAUUGAAAUGCGACCACUGUUCCAACGAGGUGCCAUGUGGGUAUACCCAUUAUUCGCCGGGAUUGGAGGAUCAUUCGGAUACUGGUUAAAAGGUGUCGAGGAUCGACAAAUCAAGCUCUUGCAGCAAAGAAAAGACAUUUUGACUGAGAAGCGGAAACGACGGGCCGAGCGAGAGGCAGGUGAAUCUCAGGUCGAGACGGCGGGGAUUUUGGCUAGUACGAGUUAAAAGAACAAGAAGAAUGGAAUGGAAGAUACAUACAUGUGAUUUGGAGAUGGGGUGAGAUGAGAGAAAGGGUUCUGUCGAGGCUGAUUGUCGUAUAUUACCGAAGACAUUGAGCUGAGCAGGUGGAUGGGUUGAGGAGGGGUUCGAUGCAGAAGCUGCAGGCAGCCAGGCAGCUGGUUGGAAGGUCUAUGAUGGGAGUCCUGGUUGUAUGUGUCAAGUUACUUUGUCACGAUCAGGACUCGAAGCGGAGAACUGGAACCAACUCCGUGGUUCUCUUGCUCUUUCUCUCUCGUGUACAAAGCUCGAGCACGAUUGUACGAUUAGAGUGUCUUGUCAUGAUGCUCUCAAAAAGAAAGAAAUUUUAAUCUUCUGAACUCGUAACGUUGGUAAAGGCAAAGGCGUAGUUCAG